GCCCCUUUUACGUCCUAGAUGAGGGAUGUUCUGGAACUAGAAGCUCAGUCUGUUUAUCAGGACAAAGACAUUGGACCGCUGUGCUGGAGGACAAAAUGGACAAAAUGCUCCCCUUUAUGGUUUUUGUUCUGCUGGGAAUACACAGCUCUGCUGCUGUGACCCACUCCCUGAAAUAUUUCUACACUGGAUCGUCUCAAGUCCCAAACUUCCCAGAGUUUGUGGCUGUUGGUUUGGUUGAUGAUGUUCAGAUGGUUUACUAUGACAGCAACACCCAGAAAGCAGAGCCCAAACAGGACUGGAUGGAGAAGAACACUGAUGAGCAGUACUGGAAGACAGAGACUGGAAACAGUCAGGGUCACCAGCAGACCUUCAAAGCCAAUAUUGAAAUUGCAAAGCAGCGCUUCAACCAAACUGGAGGUGUCCACAUUUACCAGGAGAUGUACGGCUGUGAGUGGGAUGAGGAGACUGGACAGGUUACUGGGUAUGAUCAGGUUGGCUAUGAUGGGGAAGACUUUCUAACAUUGAACGCAGAGACAAACACAUGGAUCGCUCCAAAUCAACAGGCUACAAUUACUACAAACAAAUGGAACAAUAACAAAGCUUUGCUGGAGUCUGAUAAGAACUACCUCAACCAGAUUUGUCCUGAGGGGCUGAAGAAGUAUGUUAACUAUGGAAGGAGCUCUCUGAUGAGAACAGAUCUUCCAUCAGUUUCCUUUCUCCAGAAGACUUCCUCCUCUCCAGUCAGCUGCCACGCUACAAGUUUCUACCCGAACAGAGCUGAGAUGUUCUGGAGGAAAGAUGGAGAAGAGGUUCAUGAUGGUGUGGACAAAGGAGAGAUCCUCCCUAACAAUGAUGGGACCUUCCAGAUGAGUGUGGACAUAGAUCUGUCCUCUGUUGCAGCUGAAGACUGGACCAAGUAUGAAUGUGUGUUUCAGCUCUCUGGAGUCAAAGAAGACGUCACCCACAGACUGGAGAAAACAAGGAUCUUGACCAAUGAAUCAAAUACCAUCAAUCUGAUCAUCCCUGUUGUUGUUGCUGUGGUUCUCCUUGGUCUCCUUGGUCUGAUUGGAUUUAUUGUUUACAAGAAGAAGAAGAACGCCAAGCGUCCUCCUUCUCCUGUGGAGAACGCUCAGGCCCCAGAGGAAACCAAGUUUCUUCCAGAACCAUGAAGAAACAGAACCAGGACAACACAAAGCUGUUCAUGGAUAAAGUUUGCACUGAAACAAGAAACAGCUCCACUCUCUCUAUUACUGGUGAAAUGUAAUUCAUGUUAAAUUUUAACAGACGUGAAUCCAGUGAUAAAAUUGAUGAAUAUUGUAAAAAUGGAAGUUAAAACAAUUGGAGAUAUUAGAUACUGUUCCUGUUAGUGUAACGAUAGUAAGUUUUGUUUGUGUUAAACUGUUCUGAUCCAAUCAACUACAGAUACAUUAAUCUAGCUGUCAGAUAUUCAUUAUAACCACUGAGUUAAGUUUUUAUCAUGGUGAUGAUUUCAUAUCUGAAUUUAAUUUCUAGAUGUGUUGCUGUUCACCUAAUUCUUUCAAAAAUAUCUUGUUUUGGGUAAAUUAUAUAUUUUCUUUCAUAGUCUUUCAGCUAAAUAUAGUUUAUUUUGUCUGUCAUUCAUUUUUAUUUUACUUCUGAUUAAAACAGCUUUAAAAUAGUUUUUUUUUUCUUUAAUCUUUUCUAUUUGAUGUACCGGUAGACAUGAAAAAGUUUGUGUAAGGAUUUUUUUUUUGCUAUUUUAUAAACAUGAUCUGGGGCUUAAAUAAGUUCUAUUGUUGGGUUUAGUAUAUUGGUGUUCUGUAAAUUUGGUUUGCAUUUAAAUAAAUUUCCUCCAAAUCCA